UCUUCCCUCACUACAGAAGCCGUCGCCUUCCACUUCAAGUUCCCCAACCCACAGCGCGCGCACGCCGAGGCCCAGUUCGAAUUCGCGGAGGAGGAGAGAUCCGAUGGCGCGUACGAAGCAGACGGCCAGGAAGUCGACCGGCGGCAAGGCGCCCCGCAAGCAGCUGGCCACCAAGGCGGCGAGGAAGUCGGCGCCGACCACGGGCGGCGUGAAGAAGCCCCACCGCUACAGGCCCGGGACCGUGGCGCUGCGUGAGAUCCGCAAGUACCAGAAGAGCACGGAGCUGCUCAUCCGCAAGCUGCCGUUCCAGCGCCUGGUGCGGGAGAUCGCCCAGGACUUCAAGACGGACCUCCGGUUCCAGAGCCACGCCGUGCUGGCGCUCCAGGAGGCCGCCGAGGCGUACCUCGUCGGUCUCUUCGAGGACACCAACCUCUGCGCCAUCCACGCCAAGCGCGUCACCAUCAUGCCCAAGGACAUCCAGCUCGCCCGCCGCAUCCGCGGGGAGCGCGCAUAGAUUGCCCAAGGAAAAGCAAUGUAGAGCUGUCCGUUCGUCGCCUCUGGUUUCAGAUCGUGUUAGCAAUAGGCAAGAGGCGACUUUUAUUUUGUUCUAGAAAAAACUCUGGUUGGCUACAUUGUUACAAUGACUCGUUUCUUAUUUCGUCUAUAUUGUUGGUUUGUGCUAAAAUGCAAACAAAUGCCUCAUUGUUUCCGAGUAA